UCGUAAAGGCACAUAUUUGAAACAUAUUUAGGCACUUUUUUAACGAAGCUUUCCCUCACGCUUGGUUACCGGAAGUGUUUUGUAUACAUGUAGUGACUUGACGUUGGUCCCAACUUGAAUCUGUGCCUCUGCGGCGUGGAGACAGCAGGGUAGAACGGGAUAGUGGCUCAUUAGGGGGUCUUCUUUGUGAGAGACUCGCCUCCUUCAUCCAUCUUUCUUUUUUAAAAGGGAAAGCAAACCUUUAAACUACUUUUCAACGAGCAGCCAUACUUGAAGGGCAGUGGUGGAACAAGACUGAAGUGGGAUAUCUGGAUGUAUCAGAAAGGAGCAAAUUUGUUUUUUUAUCUGAGCCCAUUUGGAAAUGACUCAAGUGUUGGAUGUGAAGGGAGGAGAGGGAAAGUGACUCAGGAGGAUAAAUGAUAUUUGGGGGAAUCAAUGUGCUUUAAUCUGAUUUUGUUUAUUUCUUAGGGGAGUUUAUCCAGGCAAAGCGCACCACAUCUCUCAGAUAAUCUCAUUUGUGGCAGAGCACAGCCUGUUGUUGCUUUAUUCCAUCAAAGUUGACUCCAGUCUGGAAGAUAGUUGUAAAAAAAACGUGUAUUCCGCUGUGUUAUGGAAUGUGGAUUCCUUUUGUUUUGCAAUUAGUUUUAAACCUCUUUUCAAAUACUGAUUUUUCUGGUAUUAUUUAAUCAAACUGAGAGUUGAACAUGGCCAUCAACACGGACACCGACUUCCAAAAGUCCAACUUGGGUGAGGGUGGAGGAGGCGCCCAGCCUGCGGACUUUCAAGAGACAGAGAAACUGCUUGCGGUGACCACCGAGCCUGGAGGAAACGGAAUGAAAACGUCCACCUCCUUGUCUGUCAACAUGGGUGACAAGGGCCCAGAGGCGGAUCAGAACGGUCACGGCGUCGCUUUAAGAUCGGGCUCCGCUGGGCAGUUGUCUGCUGCUGUCCCCCUGUCCCCGUCGAGGGCCAGCCUGAGCCGCUCCUCCACUGGAAAUGCCACCGUCCAAGAGACCCCGAAGCCCAAGGAUUAUCUAAUCCUUGUCAUUCUCUCCUGCUUUUGCCCUGUUUGGCCCAUCAGCAUUGUCGCACUGGUGUACUCCAUUAUGUCCAGAAACAGUCUUCAGGCUGGGGAUAUGGAUGGAGCCAGAAGGCUGGGUCGACUGGCUCGUCUGCUCAGUAUUGUCUCCAUUGUCCUGGGAGUGGUCAUCAUCAUAGUCUUCAUCUCAGUUCACAUCUCAGCUGGAAAGCACUGACCUGGAAAGCAGAAGAGCCAAACCACAAAUGCAACAAGAAAUAAAAAUCAUUCCAAAAAAAAAAGAAAAGAAAUACAACUCAUUACUCCAUGCCACAAUGUACUUACAUCAUGAUCAUCUCCAGAUGGCAAAACGUAGGCAAGUCCUAAGAGAUGGCCUCGCAACAAGUAAACAAAUGAAACAAAUAUUCAGAGAUGCAUGCAUUAGAAUCCAGUAACCUUUGCUUGAUAAAAUAUCCUAAUGUAAGUUGUUCAGGUUCACAUGGAGGAAAAAGUGAGUACAGAUUUGUAUGUGUGGAUGGAAAUGUUUCUUUUUGGACUUCUUAAAAAGAAGAGGGUGAUUUGCAUAUGUGGAGAGUAAAUUAAGGACUUGUCUGUGUCUGUGGUGGGCUUCCUGUAAAAAGAUUCUGGAUUUGUCUUCAGAUUUGCAACAGCUGCAUUUAAUCCUCAUAUAUUCCCUACUGGACCUCUUGCAUUUAAAGCAUAUACAGCUACAAAUAUAUUUGAAAUAUGGAUAUAUGAAUAUAUAUACAUUGUUUAUGCACAUUUUAUAAAACAUUUGUAUGCCAUGUGGUGUUGGGUUUACUAAGACUGUUAGUAGCUGCCUGGUAAGCAUUUGGAUUAUCUGUGCAAUUUCAAGGAUUUGGUGAAAGGAGUAGGGAACAUAAUUUUUCAUUUUUGUUGUGUGAUGUUUUGUUUUACAGUUAGGUACAUUAGACCAACUGCAUGCCUGAAUGUAUAUAACCAACAUCAUGCAUUCUUUUGGACUGUAA